AUGCUAGGAAGCUUUGAAAAGAGUUUAUUCCCACAAACAAUUCAGGGAGCAUGGCCAAUAAACGUAGCUUGGAAAUCAUAUUUUGGUUUAUUUUUAGAAGCAUUUAAUCCAACAAAUAUUGCAAACUAUUAUUCAAAUAAUCAUACAGAAGGUGAUAAUAAUGGAAAAGAUUUCGAAAUAUUCUAUAAAGGCCGAAAAACUAAUAUUCAUGAUUUUUGGGGAUCUUUAUGCGGCAGAUUGACAGGGAAAUAUCCAUUUAAUUCAAAUGUAUGGAGUGAUAUUGAUAAAUAUGCGCAUGAUAUCACACUUGUAUAUAGAAAUGUAACCCAUUACCAAAAUAUUAAUGAUAUUUUAACACAAUCUUAUAACAUUGCUAAAGAUGUUGUUUAUGUUGGUGUAAACGAAGGAGAAAUUCUUUCGGACGAAUACGUUGAGAAAUGCUAUGACGUGACUUCAAAACAAUUAGCCAGCGCAGCGUUUUCUCUUGCUGAUAAACAGCGUACACUUGGAGUAGUUCCACCAAAAAUAGAAUAUGUUAAAGCUCCAUAUUCAGGAUCCUUUUUAUUAGGAAUUUGGAUGUUGUUAUUGAUGUUCCCAUUUGCUAUAUUUAUUGGAUGGAAAGCUUGGUCUCCAAGGCCAAGAAGAACUUCAGCUAAUGUAAGAGUAUUAAGGGAAUCAUUACUCCCUACAAUAAACUAA